GUAAGACGCGACCUGUUAUGGCCACCACUACUUCCGGGUUCUAGCAUUCUGGUCGGAAUCCACCUCUCCGCCUGUGCAACACACACUUUACACACGCACGGCGACUGCAAGCGGGCAGCAUCGAUCGUGGCUCCUUUAAGACAAACUCAGACAGACAUUUUUUUAACCCUCCUCUCUAAUCUCCCUUCAGUGCAGCAGUUGCAAAGAGGGAGAGAGAAAGAGAAAGAGAGCGAGAGAAGAGAGAAACUGAUUAGGAAUUAGGACUGAUUCAAGGAAAGCGGGCGCUAGGGCUUUGUGCAUUUGAAUAUUAACAUUUGAGGUGUUCUGACCAGAAGAAGACAGAACGGAUGAUCAUUCAUUCACCACGUUGACAACCUCGCCUGUGAUUGACAGCUGGAGUGGCAGAAAGCCAUGAGAUUUGGUAGUUGGGUCUGAGGGGCGCUCUUUCUUUUUCUUUUUCUUUUCUUUUCUUUCUUUUUUUAAAAACUGAUAUUUUUGGGGGGGAGAGAAGAUCUGCUUUUUUUUUCCCCUCCCACUGCUGUCUUGGUGGAACCAGAGCGCUUUUAUGCUCAGCGACGCGGGCGCCUUGCUUCAGGUCCGGUAGACCGAAGAUCUGGGACCAGUAAUUCACACUGCUGGAGACGCAAAGGGAUUUUUUUGUUGUUGUUGUUGUGCUUUAUUUUUUUUUUUCCGAGGGAGUUUGCAUAUUUGUUUAUUUUCACACUGGCCUUAAAGAGGAUAUAUUAGAAGUUGAAGUAGAAAGGGAGCCAGAGAGGCCGAUGGCGCAAAGGUACGACGAUCUACCCCAUUAUGGGGCCAUGGAUGGAGUAGGCAUCCCCUCCACGAUGUAUGGGGACCCGCAUGCAGCCAGGUCCAUGCAGCCGGUCCACCACCUGAACCAUGGGCCUCCUCUGCACUCGCAUCAGUACCCGCACACAGCUCAUACCAACGCCAUGGCCCCCAGCAUGGGCUCCUCAGUCAAUGACGCUUUAAAGAGAGAUAAAGAUGCCAUUUAUGGACACCCCCUCUUCCCUCUCUUAGCACUGAUUUUUGAGAAAUGUGAAUUAGCUACUUGUACCCCCCGCGAGCCGGGGGUGGCGGGCGGGGACGUCUGCUCGUCAGAGUCUUUCAAUGAAGAUAUAGCGGUGUUCGCCAAACAGAUUCGCGCAGAAAAACCUCUAUUCUCUUCCAAUCCAGAACUGGAUAACUUGAUGAUCCAAGCCAUACAAGUAUUAAGGUUUCAUCUGUUGGAAUUAGAGAAGGUACACGAAUUAUGUGACAAUUUCUGCCACCGGUAUAUUAGCUGUUUGAAAGGGAAAAUGCCUAUCGAUUUGGUGAUAGAUGAUAGAGAAGGAGGAUCAAAAUCAGACAGUGAAGAUGUAACAAGAUCAGCAAAUCUAACUGACCAGCCCUCUUGGAAUAGAGACCAUGAUGACACGGCAUCCACUCGUUCAGGAGGAACCCCGGGCCCUUCCAGCGGUGGCCACACUUCACACAGUGGGGAUAACAGCAGUGAGCAAGGUGAUGGCUUGGACAACAGUGUAGCUUCCCCCAGCACAGGUGACGAUGAUGACCCUGAUAAGGACAAAAAGCGUCACAAAAAGCGUGGCAUCUUUCCCAAAGUAGCCACCAAUAUCAUGAGGGCGUGGCUGUUCCAGCAUCUAACACACCCUUACCCUUCUGAAGAACAGAAAAAGCAGUUGGCACAAGAUACGGGACUCACCAUCCUUCAAGUGAACAAUUGGUUUAUUAAUGCCCGGAGAAGAAUAGUGCAGCCCAUGAUAGACCAGUCCAACCGAGCAGUCAGCCAAGGGACACCUUAUAACCCUGAUGGACAGCCAAUGGGAGGUUUUGUAAUGGACGGUCAGCAGCACAUGGGCAUCAGAGCACCAGGACCUAUGAGUGGAAUGGGCAUGAAUAUGGGCAUGGAGGGGCAGUGGCACUACAUGUAACCUUCAUCUAGUUAACCAAUCGAAAGCCAGGGGGAAGGCUGCAAAGUAUGCCAGGGGAGUAUGUAGCCCGGGGUGGUCCAAUGGGUGUGAGUAUGGGACAGCCGAGUUAUACCCAAGCCCAGAUGCCCCCCCAUCCUGCUCAGCUGCGUCAUGGGCCCCCCAUGCAUACGUACAUUCCUGGACACCCUCACCACCCCGCAGUGAUGAUGCAUGGAGGACAGCCCCACCCUGGAAUGCCAAUGUCAGCGUCAAGCCCCUCGGUUCUUAACACAGGAGACCCGACAAUGAGUGGACAAGUCAUGGACAUUCAUGCUCAGUAGCUUAAGGGAAUAUGCAUUGUCUGCAAUGGUGACUGAUCUCGAAUCAUGUCUUUUUCUGCAAUGACUAUGGAGUUCCAUUCUUGACAUCUACCUUGGACCAAGGAGCAUCCCCGAUUCUUCAUAGGGACUCUUAAAAUGCAGGAAAACCGACUGAAGUCAAUUUGGGGGACAUGCAAAAAUAACUAUUAUAAGACAUUGAAAGAACAAAGAGUGAAAUAUUGUAAAUGCUAUUAUACUGUUAUCCAUAUUACGUUGUUUCUUAUAGAUUUUUUAAAAAAAAAAUGUGAAAUUUUUCCACACUAUGUGUGUUGUUUCCAUAGCUGUUCACUUCCUCCAGAAGCCUCCUUACAUUAAAAAGCCUUACAGUUGUCCUGCAAGGGACAGGAAGGUCCGAUUUGCAGGAUUUUUAGAGCAUUAAAAUAACUAUCAGGCAGAAGAAUCUUUCUUCUCGCCUAGGAUUUCAGCCAUGUGCGCUCUCUCUCUCUCUCUCUCUCUCCCUCUCUCUCCCUCUCUCUAGCCUGGGGCUUGAAUUUGCAUGUCUAAUUCAUUUACUCACCAUAUUUGAAUUGGCCUGAACAGAUGUAAAUCGGGAAGGAUGGGAAAAACUGCAGUCACCAACAAUGAUUAAUCAGCUGUUGCAGGCAGUGUCUUAAGGAGACUGGUAGGAGGAGGCAUGGAAACCCAAAGGCCGUGUGUUUAGAAGCCUAACUGUCACAUCAAGCAUCAUCGUCCCCAUGCGACAACCAUCACCUUAUACAUCACUUCCUGUCUUAUGCAGCUCAAAAACAUAGACUGAAGAUUUAUUUUUAAUAUGUUGACUUUGUUUCUCAGCAAAGCAUUGGUCAUGUGUGUAUUUUUCCAUAGUCCCACCUUGAAGCAUUUAUGUAGACAUUGUAAAUAAAUUUUGUGCAAAAAGGACUGGAAAGA